UUGAUGUGUCAUAAAGAAAUCCUCCUUAGGAUGGGUUUGACUAUAUAAGCCGAAUAACAGAUGACUAACUUGAUCAGUACAGAAAAAUGGACGCUUUGACUCUCCUUCUCUGUCUGCUUCUAACUGUUAAGACAUCUCAGGCAUCAUGUGGUGGCACAAUGACUGAUUGGAUGGGUGAAUUUUCCAGCCCUCAGUACCCUAGUAACUACCCUGAUAACUCACGAUGCACAUGGACCAUCCGUAGCACAGGGGCGACAACCGUGUUAUUGAGCUUCAGUGAUGUUUUUUUGGAAGAAUGCUGUGAUUACAUCCGAGUAUAUGAUGGUCCGACUACGCUCUACCCCUUACUGGGAGAAAUACGGGACUACGCGACCAAACAGUACAUCUCCAGCAACAAUGAUUUGACUGUGCUUUUCUAUAGUGACAGCAGUGUAUCAAGAAGAGGAUUUCAUGCAAACUGGUUCUUUGUAGAUUCUAAUUCAUGCAGGAAUAACUGUGGAUAUUCCCUUGGCACUUGUUCGUGUGACGACUCCUGUCAGAACAACAGAAACUGUUGCUAUGACUACAAAAGCUACUGCUCACUGACGACAGCUUGGCCGACUACAACAGAUUUCCCCUCCUGCAUGUAUAACUGUGGACAUGACCUCGGCAGCUGCUCAUGCACCUACGACUGUCAGUACUAUGGGAACUGUUGCCCUGACUAUGACAGCUACUGCCAAGAGACAACCACAUGGCCAACAACAACAGCUCCCUCCUGCAGGUAUUCCUGUGGAUAUGACCUUGAAUUGUGCUCAUGCUCCUACGAGUGCAAGUUCUCUGGCUACUGUUGCCCUGACUAUGAAAGUUUCUGUAUAGCAACAAUUCACCCGCCAGAUGAUCCAACAGCACCCUCCUGCAUGCAUAACUGUGGAUACCACCUUCUUCACUGUUCAUGCUCCAGAGCCUGUCAGUACUUUGGUGACUGUUGCCAUGACUAUGAAAGCGUCUGCUUGAGAACAACAACACCAACAACUACAACAACAUCAACUCACAUGGCAGAUACAGCAGAUGCAUACUCUUGUGAGAAUAACUGUGGUCAAAGGUUUCCCCUCUGUAGUUGUGACUACGACUGUCAGUACUAUGGCAGCUGUUGCCUUGACUACGAUAACUACUGCUCAAUAACAACUACUGCUCACUGGGAAACAGCAGGUCCGUCCUGCAUGUUUAACUGCGGAUACAAUUUCAGCAGCUGUUCAUGCAACCACGACUGUCAGUACUAUAACAACUGUUGCUAUGACUAUCACUGGUAUUGUCCAUCAUACCCAACUACAGAUCCAGUUCCUCACCCUGAGUGUGGAGGACACCUGUAUGGUUCUGGGCUGUUUUCCAGUCCAAACUACCCAAACUAUUAUCAUGACAAUGCCUACUGUGUGUGGUAUCUCUCUGCUCAGCAAGGACAGAGGAUCUUUCUGACAUUUGCUGAUGUGCAAUUGGAGCGCUGCUGUAACUGUGACUACAUCACAGUGUAUGACGGCUCUUCCACUGGUCAUUCACAGCUGGGAAAGGUCUGUUUUAAUGACACCACACACCAGGUGUUUCACUCUUCUUCACGAUACUUGACUGUUGUCUUCAGAAGUGACUACUCUGGUGUCAGCCAUGGUUUCAAGGCUCUUUUCACAAGCUCUCUGACUGAAGAUCAAGGUCGUGUGGAUUGUUCCUCAGACAACAUGGUCAUUGUCAUUCAGAGAUCUUACCUGAACUCACUCGGCCUGAGUACAAAUGACCUUUAUGUAGACGACCAUCUUUGCAGACCCUCCAUUAGCAGUACUGAAGUUACGUUCAGCUUCCCUCUUGAUGCAUGUGGGACCUCCAAAGAGAUGAUGAAUGGUUAUGUGUCCUACACCAACAAUGUACGGGCCUCUCAGUCUCAAUCAGGUGAAAUCACCCGUCAGUCACAUUUCCUGCUACGCGUGGGCUGUCGAAUGGAGCCAGACACAAUGGUGCAGAUAUUCUACAAGACCAGGGAGAACAUCAAUGCCAACAUCACAGGAACAGGCCGCUUCAAUGCCAGCAUAGCCUUCUACACCUCCAGCAGUUUCCACCAGCAGAUUUAUGACUCUCCGUACGAAGUGAACCUGAAUCAACUUCUGUAUGUUCAGGUCAAGCUAAACAGGCCUGACAACAGUCUGGAUCUCUUCCUGGACACCUGUGUAGCGUCUCCAAAUCCCAAUGACUUCAAAGACCGCUCCUAUGACCUGCUGCGUAACGGAUGUCCCAGAGACAACACAUAUUAUUCAUACACCAGUGGUGAAUACUACUACGCUCAGUUCAGUUUCCAGGCUUUUAAGUUCCUCCGGACUCAUGCCUAUGUGUACCUGCAGUGUAAGGUGAUCAUCUGCCCUGAUAACGAUUACAACUCUCGCUGCCGCCAAGGUUGUCACUACCGUCGCAAGAGAUCUCUUGACAGCACCUACCAGACCAAAACUGUUACGCUGGGGCCAAUCAAACUCAAAGGUCAGAGGCCAGUAGCAGGACUAAAACGUGCUGUGAAGGAUUUGGAGAAGUCAAAGGAAUGAAGUCAUCAUUUUCUUGAUAUUUACUUAAAUCAUUACUAUUAAUCAAUCUUUAUUAGCCACCCAGCAAUUAAAUCUAAAUACAAAUUGCAUUUUGCAGUUCAAUAAAGCACUUUAAAAAAGCA